AUGGAUAAAUUUAAAUACAUCGCCGCCAUCUUGUCUUUUGUGGCAAACAACGCCGCACAACAAUAUCCGCCAUUUUACCAAAAUCAAUACGGCCAUUACGAUAUGGACCCCUACGAUGAUUACGAGUCGCCUGAAUGUUUCUGCUCUUGCGAAGUAUGUGAAGAACUACAGCCAUGUUGUAGAAAUAUUUGUGUGAACUGCCAGCCAUCGUCCAGUAUUGUCCUAGUACCAUACCCUUAUCCCCUCAUCAUAUCAACGAAACAAAAGGAAUCAACCCCUCAACCUCCCCCCACAACAACAGAAACAACACAAACAACAACAACAACAUCAGCAACAACACAGACAACAACGCAACCAGUAACUGCGAUACUAAGAAACAACGAUGCGUACAUAAACGAUAUUUUAUCGAAAACUCCGAACUUGAACAAGAAAAGUAAGUUCGUGUUGACGAAUCUUAGACGGACUAAACCAGAUUGCAUGCCUAAGUACGGGAUAGUGCCGAUACCAGAUAAUUUAGCGGAGAAAUUGAUGCUACAACUGCGUAGUAUGAGGGUCUUGCAUCCCAAGAAGGAAACCUUUAAACCAGCUGACGUGUUUUCUUCUUUGGAGAAAUUAUAG